AUUUCUCUCUCUCGAUCUAUUUUUCAUUCUCUCUGUAUCACUGUUGCUCUGUAUAAUUAUACCUUCAAAAACCAGCAAACUCUUUUUUACUUAUUGCUCUUUUCCUCCUUUUCGUUUAUAAAUACUAAAGUUGCUUAGUUAUUCUGUGGGAUUUGAAGAUGGAGAAAGAUUUUGAUGAUUGUGAGUUUUGGCUUCCGCCUCAGUUCCUUACUGACGAUGACCUUCUGAUGGAUUUUAAGACCCACUCUUGUGUUGGUGAAAGCGGUAAGGAUGGGAAUAAUCCGUUUUCUCAUGGGUUUAACCCGUUUGGUUCUCACUCGGAUCUGAGUUCGCCCGUUGAGUCUGUCGUCGGGUCAACAGAAACUGAGAGUGAUGAAGAUGAUUAUAUCACUGGGUUAACUAGAAAACUGGCUCACUCAACUCUGCAGGAAAACACUAAGGGUUGGGGUUUGUCACGUUCCCCACAGUCGACGUUAUGCGGUUGCAAACAGGGGUCAAGUCGUGGAAGCCCAAACGGGCCGUCACAGGCAUCUUCGCCGCCGCGAAUGGCCAGGCCAGAGGUGUCUAUGGAUCUGCUUUAUGCGGCCGCCGGAGAAGUGGCGAGGAUUAGAAUGAUGGAGGAGUCAACUGCACUGUACAACCAUAACAAAGCUGGAGGUGGAAUAUGGGCUGCUCCUCCACGGAAGACAAGUCCAUUACCUGUUGGUCCAAAAAAUACCAAACCGAAUCUCGCUUCAUUUAACUCAAAUCAGCCUCCACUUUCUUACCAGCAAUUGCAAGUUGCUCAAUUUCAGCGUUUGAAGCAACAACAAAUGAUGAAACAAGGUGGAUAUAGGCAGUUUCCAUUGAACCAGAAUCAACAACAAGUAGCCGAGAACAGGGCUAGAAAUGGAGUAAAGGGGAGUUUAAUGAACUUGCCAAAUUCUGCUUGGCCUACUUUACAACAGUCUCAGUCUCAGCAGCAGCAGCCUAAUGCUGGUUCAGGCAUGCGCGCUGUUUUCCUUGGAAAUCCUGGCCCUAAACGGGAAUGUGCUGGAACUGGUGUCUUUUUGCCUAGAAGAAUUGGUACACAAACUGAAACCAGAAAAAAACCAGGUUGUCCAGUUAUAUUGCCAGACAGGGUGGUCCAAGCCUUGAAUUUGAAUUUAGAAGCUAUGGAUGCUGCUACUAGGCCACAGUCUAAUUUCACUCCAGCUACUGAUGGUGGAUUGAAAUACCGAAAUAAUAUGGCGGCAGCUCAACAGAGGAGAAAUCAGAGAAUACAGCCAGUGUCAAUGGCCCAAGAACUUCAACUUCCUCAGGAGUGGACUUACUGACGCAGAAAAUGAUAUUAGUGUUUUUUUGAAGUCUUAUUGAAGCAGAAAAGUGAUUUGUUUGUUUGUUUUUUUGGUACUGAAGAUUUGAACAAGUAUAGGGUAGUUAGUUUCAGAAGGAAGACGAUGACGAAGAUGUUUUUAGCAGUCAAACAAAAUAGGGACUUUUUUGGUUGGGGUUAGUAUAUUAGGGUUUAAGGGAAAAUAAGAUAUUGAAAGGUUCAAAGAUUCAAGAAAAAAGUAUUGGCGGAUAUGAGAUUUUUCUUUGGUUGGUUUUUAGAUUAGGUAAUACUAGUAAGGAAAAAUAAGUCUCUAAAAUAGUUUUUUUUUUUGCUAAGAGAUGGUGAAAAAGGGUUGGGCUCAUGUUUUGGUUGGAAUUACAACCCUUUCUAUUCUCAUAUUUUAUUGUCAGUGUAUGAAUAGCUGUCCAUGGCAUAUGGUCAGUUAUAAUUAAUCAAUAAUUAUACCCAUUAUUUAUUAUAUUUAA